AUGACAGAUACCAAGGAGUUAGCCACGUUGCUGGAGAACUUGUUGAAAUUGCAAAAAUCAGGAAGUCUUGGUGAAAUUGUGGGUCAAGCACAGCGCAUUUAUCAUGACAUUUCUGACCUCUCAGUCCUAUCUGGAUUAUCAACCCCAGAAGUGCUCUCUCCUCACACAUCUCCAGAUGUCCCCGAGAGAGUUCCAUCUGAAGUCAACUUAGACAAUUCCAAUCUGGCAACUGAUGUCAACGAAAAGGAGAAGUAUUUUGACGAUUUUGCAAAUGACUACAUCGAGUUUACCUACAAGAACCCCACCACCUACCAUUUGGUGCAAUCUGUGGCGGAAUUGUUGAAGAAAAGCGGAUUCGAAUAUCUUCCUGAAGCAGCUGACUGGUCCAAAUUAUUCGACCCUGAAAAGACGGGAGCGUAUUUCACAAUCCGGAAUGGAACCUCUUUAGCUGCCUUCACAAUUGGUAGUUUCUGGUCCCCAGCCAAGGGAGUAGGAGCUAUCGGAAGUCACAUCGAUGCUCUCACAACUAAGCUGAAGCCAGUCUCCAAUAAGAGUAAGGUUGAUGGCUACGAGUUGUUGGGAGUUUCCCCCUAUGCUGGUGCUUUGUCUGACGUCUGGUGGGAUAGAGAUUUGGGUAUUGGUGGAAGAGUAAUUUACAAAAAUGAAUCUUCCGGCAAGCUUUCCACCACUUUGGUUAACAGUACACCUCAUCCUGUUGCUCAUAUUCCAACUUUGGCCCCUCAUUUUGGUACUCCCUCCAACGGUCCAUUCAACAAGGAAACCCAAGCAGUUCCCGUUGUAGGAUUUUCUGACGGAAACGACGAGGAGAAACCCACUGAGGAUGAACAAAAGUCUCCUUUGAUUGGUAAGCAUUCUUUAAAACUACUCCGCUACAUAUCUAAGCUAGCAGGAGUGCCAGUGUCCUCCUUGAUUGAUUUCGAUUUGGACAUAUUCGAUGUCCAAAAAGGUACUAGGGGCGGUCUUUCCAAUGAGUUCAUUUACGCCCCAAGAGUGGAUGAUCGUAUUUGUUCUUACUCUGCUCUACAAGCGCUUAUCAGACGUCACAAGGAUCCCGAAUCCUUUGUCACAGACGACUCUUUCAAUCUUGUUGCCCUUUAUGACAACGAGGAGAUCGGAUCUCUCUCCAGACAGGGAGCCAAGGGUGGUCUACUUGAGUCGACCAUUUCCAGAGCAAUCGCUGCAUUGAAAAUUUCAGAGCCAGGGACUCUGCAAAGACUAUAUGCAAAUUCAGUGAUUCUUUCUGCAGAUGUCACACAUUUGUUAAAUCCCAAUUUCACCGAAGUGUACUUGGAGCACCACAAGCCACUGCCAAACACAGGGAUUGCACUUGCGCUGGAUUCGAAUGGCCAUAUGGCCACAGAUUUGUUAGGCAAGGUCGUUGUUGAGCAGCUGGCUAAACUCAAUGAUGAUAAAGUGCAGUACUUCCAGAUUCGGAACGAUUCAAGGUCUGGAGGGACCAUUGGACCCAGUAUUUCCAGUAGUACUGGCGCUAGAACCAUUGAUCUUGGAAUUCCCCAAUUGUCCAUGCACAGUAUUCGUGCUACCGUGGGAUACAAAGAUGUUGGCCUCGCUGUCAAGUUUUUCCAAGGGUUCUUUAAAAAUUGGAGAAAAGUUGUCGACGGCAUUGAAGAGUUUUAA